AGUGAAGCACCGCCCAGCUACAGAAGCGGUAGCCGAAGCGGCGCACUGCAAAGAUAAUACAUUUAUUACAUAUAUUAUCUAACAUCAGUGAAUACGGUGCCAAGGCAGAGAAUAGGCGAGGAAUCGAAGGAAACCGCAGCACAGGUUGAGAAGAAGCAGAAUGGAGGAAAUAGUGAUAGCAGGCAUCGCCGGUAGGCUGCCGGAGUCUGACAACCUGCAGGAGUUUUGGAAUAACCUCGUCAACGGCAUUGACAUGGUGACAGACGAUGACAGGCGGUGGAAACCAGGAUUAUAUGGGCUCCCUCACAGAAAUGGCAAACUGAAGGAUAUCAGCAAGUUUGAUGCUUCCUUCUUUGGUGUCCACCCCAAGCAAGCGCACACAAUGGACCCCCAGCUCCGGGUCCUACUGGAGACCACCUAUGAGGCAAUUGUAGAUGGAGGGAUAAACCCCAGCUCACUGCGGGGGAGCAACACUGGGGUAUGGAUUGGAGUGAGUGGUUCUGAAGCGGCCGAAGCCUUCAGCAGAGACCCGGAGGAGCUGCUGGGGUACAGCAUGACGGGGUGCCAGCACGCCAUGUUUGCAAACAGGAUCUCCUACUUCUUCGAUUUAAAAGGUCCCAGCUCUUCCAUCGACACUGCCUGCUCGUCCAGCCUGCUGGCGCUGGAAAACGCCUUCCAGGCAAUACGCCAUGGUCAGUGUGAUUCCGCCAUCGUUGGUGGAGUCAACCUGCUGCUGAAACCCCACACAUCGGUACAGUUCAUGAAGCUGGGCAUGCUCAGCCCCGAUGGAUCCUGCAAGUCCUUCGAUGCCUCGGGUAACGGUUACUGUCGAUCUGAAGCAUCUGUGGUUGUUCUGUUGAUGAAGAAAUCAGCAGCCAAACGAGUUUAUGCAUCGGUAGUUAACGCAGGAAGCAAUACUGAUGGUUACAAAGAACAAGGUAUCACAUUCCCCUCGGGAGAAAUGCAGCAGAAGUUAAUGAACGCCGUAUACGAGGAAGCAGGCAUCUCUCCAGCUGCCGUGGAGUACCUCGAGGCACAUGGCACAGGAACCAAGGUCGGAGACCCGCAGGAACUGAACGGAAUUGCGAAUGUCUUCUGUCAAUUUGACCGCAAGCCUUUGCUACUGGGAUCAACAAAGUCCAACAUGGGCCACCCGGAGCCUGCAUCGGGAUUAGCCGCGUUAGCAAAGGUUGUGCUCUCUCUGGAGCAUGGUUUAUGGGCUCCCAACAUUCACUACAAAACUCCCAACCCCGACGUCCCUGCUCUGCAGAGUGGGUGCAUUCGCGUCGUGACCGAACCCAUCCCCGUGACCGGCGGAAUCGUGGGCAUUAAUUCCUUUGGGUUUGGCGGUUCCAACGUCCACGUCAUCUUGCGUCCCAAUGCGAAGAGAGCCCGCCCUCCGGUUCCCUUGGCAGUGCCGCGCUUGGCGCAAGCCUGCGGCCGCUCGCCUGAAGCGGUGGAAGCUCUUCUUGACCAGACCCGGCGGCACGGCCACGACGUCAACUUGCUGAGUAUGAUCAACGAUAUCUCCACUAUGCCGCCCGCCGCAAUGCCUUACAGAGGUUACAGGCUGGUGGGCACUGAGACUGAUAUCAAAGAGGUCCAGCAAGUCCAGUCUGCUGGAAGGCCAGUGUGGUACAUUUGUUCAGGUAUGGGAGCUCAGUGGAUUGGCAUGGGUCGCACCCUUAUGAAACUGGAUAUAUUCCGUGAAUCCAUUCUCCGUUCCGACAAAGCACUGGAAAAGAUGGGAUUGAAAGUGUCCGAACUCCUCAUGAACACAGACGAGAAAACGUUUGAUGACACGGUGCACGCCUUUGUAGCCCUCACCGCCAUUCAAGUCGCUCAGAUCGACAUGUUGAACGCUAUGGGUCUACGACCAGAUGGUAUUGUCGGGCACUCUGUGGGUGAGCUGGCCUGUGGGUAUGCUGAUGAAUCAAUGACACAUGAAGAAGCCCUAUUAGCCGCAUAUUGGAGAGGCCGAUGUAUCAAGGAAGCCAAGCUACCCCCAGGGGCCAUGGCUGCUGUUGGAUUAACUUGGGAGGAGUGCAAGGCGCAGUGUCCCGAAGGAGUAGUUCCUGCCUGUCACAAUGCCGAAGAUACGGUCACCAUCUCUGGGCCACAGGAAGCUGUCAGUAAGUUUGUGGCUACGUUGAAGGUGGAAGGAGUCUUCGCCAAAGAGGUUCGCAGCGCAGGAGUUGCUUUCCAUUCUUACUACAUGGCUUCCAUUGCACCGACUCUUCUCAAUGUUCUGCAGCAGGUUAUAAAAGUGCCCAAAGCUCGUACUCCACGCUGGAUCAGUACAUCGAUCCCACAGGCCAAGUGGGACAGUGAGCUCGCCAAGCACUCGUCUGCAGAGUACCACGUCAACAAUCUGGUCAGCCCAGUUCUGUUUCAGGAAGGACUGCAACACAUCCCGAGUAAUGCUGUUGUGAUCGAGAUUUCGGCUCAUGCCCUGCUUCAGGCUAUUCUGAAACGCAGUCUGAAGCAGUCGUGCCUGAUCCUGCCAAUGAUGAAGCGCGGCCACAGCAACAACAUCGAAUAUUUGCUCUCGCACGUCGGCAAGAUCUACGCAAGUGGAGUGAACCUGGACUCCAACAAGUUGUACCCACCAGUGGAGUACCCCAUCCCCGCUGGAACUUCCUUAAUUUCUCCGAGCAUCGUGUGGGACCACAGCCAAAUCUGGGACGUACCCAAGACCGAGGACUACUCGUCCGGUUCAGGAGGUUCGGGAUCUGCCAUUGUGUUUAACGUUGAUAUGAACCCCGAGUCUGCUGACAGCUACAUUGCCGAUCACUGUAUCGAUGGGAGAGUGCUGUAUCCAGCUACCGGUUACCUGCUCCUGGCCUGGCGAGCUUUGCUAAGGACAAGCGGCGCUGUAAUGCAUCAGACGCCAGUGAUGUUUGAAGAUGUUGUCCUACACAGAGCAACAAUUCUGCCAAAAACAGGUUCUGUACAGCUUGAAGUUCGGCUGAUGCCAGCAUCAAAUAGAUUCGAAAUUUCGGAGAACAGCAACCUGGCUGUUAGCGGAAAAGUGUCCAUUUUGGAAGAAACUGCCCUGGAUGAGUUUAAGAAGCAGAUAAACACCAGCUCCAAGUUUGCAGAUACAGAGACAGAGUUCCGCCUGUCUGCCAAAGACAUUUACAAAGAACUGCGUCUACGAGGAUAUGAAUAUGGAAAGAACUUCCAAGGAAUCUUGGAAUCUAAUAAUGCUGGGGACAAAGGAAAGUUGCUGUGGUCUGGAAACUGGGUGACGUUUUUGGAUACCAUGUUACAGAUGGUUGUGGUUGGACUAUCUGGGCGGAGCCUGAGGGUGCCAACUCGCAUCCGUUCCAUCUGCAUUGACCCACAGCUUCACGAGGAGACGGUCCAACUAUACAAGGACAGCGAGAGGAAAGCUGCGGAUGUGGUUGUGAGUCGCUGCCUAGAUGAUGUCGUGGCGGGAGGGGUGCGGAUCAGCGGGCUGCACGCCACCAUCGCCCCACGCCGGCAGCAACAGCAGGGCCUGCCGCUUCUGCACGAGUUCCGCUUCAGCCCGUACACCGAGAGCGACUGUCUGGGCGGCAGUGAGAAACUACGCUCCUGCCUGGCCCACUGCAAAGGUUUCGUGCAGACGCUGCAGGAUAAGUUGUCCCAUCACGGUCUGAAGCUCUCUUUCUCGGGACUCCCAGCCACUACUCCCACCUCUGCUGCCCCCACAGGCGCGGAGAAAGGACUUAAUCACAUGCUCAGUGUGCUGUGUGGGCUGGACCUGAACGGGAACCUGUGGUCUGAGCUGCAGCAGACAGUGGAGAGGGAGAAAACUUGUCUCCAUGAAGAUGAAUUGUUGAAUGGGCUACUGGAGAGUGCGGCAUUGAAAGCUUGCCUGGAUAUCUCCCUGGAAAACACCAUCAACAAGAAGAUGAAGAUUGUAGAGGUUUCAGCAGCCGAUGGGAACCUGUACUCUCGCAUUGUUCCAUUGAUGAACAAUCAGCCAGUGAUCAACCUGGAUUACAUCGCCACGGAUAUGAACCCCGACUUCGUGUCAGCCAGCCAGCUCCAGGACAUGGGCAUGUCCGUUGAGCAGUGGGAUCCCGCCAAUCCGGCCCCGGCGAGCCUGACCAACGCCCAGUUAGUCGUCUGCAACAGCUCCUCCUUCCUCUUUGACGACCCCCAGACUGUCGUCUCCAACAUGGCAGCCGCCGUCAAAGGUGGUGGCUUCCUGCUGCUGCACACACUCCUGAGGGGGGAUGUUCUCGGAGAGACGAUCGCGUUCCUGACGGGCAAGGACCCCAAACAAUCGCGAGGGCUCCUGAUGCAGAGUGAGUGGGAAGAGAUAUUUAACCAAGCAUCGCUGGAUGUAGUCAGCAGCAAGAAGACUUUCUAUGGCUCCAUCAUGCUUUUGGGUCGCAAAAAGUCUGAACCAAAGAAUCCUGUGUUCCUCACUGCCCAUUCGACAGACUUCAGCUGGAUUGAGCCUCUGAAAAAUAUCUUGGCGAACCCUUCAGAGGAACCAGUCUGGCUCGCUGUCUCCAACUGCGGCAAUUCUGGGAUUGUUGGGAUGGUAAAUUGUCUUCGUCAAGAGCCUCGAGGACACAGAAUAAGGUGUGCGUUUGUAACCAAUCUCAUCUCCUCCUCAUCUGUACCAUCGCUGGACCCGAAUGGAAAGGACAUGAAGACCAUUGUGGAUCAAGACCUGACGAUGAACGUUUAUCGGGAUGGUCGCUGGGGCAGCUUCCGGCACACCUCCGUACCACAAGACCAAAACAAGGAGCAGACGGAGUUUGCCUAUGUGAAUGUGCUGACCCGAGGAGACCUGUCCUCGCUCUGCUGGAUCCUGUCACCUCUGCAGCACUUCAGUGGCGGGGAGCCGCAUUUGCAGCUGUGCAAAGUCUACUACGCUUCCCUCAACUUCCGCGACAUCAUGUUGGCCACUGGCAAGCUCCCGCCUGAUGCCAUUCCUGGUGACAUGGCUCUCCAACACUGCAUGUUGGGGAUGGAGUUUUCAGGGCGGGACCCCAGUGACAGGCGGGUGAUGGGACUGCUCCCUGCAAAUGGACUGUCCACCUUUGUGAACUGUGACACCCGAUUUUUGUGGGAAGUCCCAGAAAACUGGACGUUGGAGGAGGCUGCUUCAGUCCCAGUGGUUUAUGCGACCGCAUACUACGCUCUGGUUGUGCGAGGCAGAAUGAAGAAGAGCGACAGUGUGCUUAUCCACUCGGGGUCAGGCGGUGUGGGCCAGGCUGCCAUUUCUAUCGCCCUCAGCAUGGGAUGUCGUGUCUUUGCCACAGUCGGGUCCACGGAGAAGCGGGUCUACCUACAGCAGAGAUUUCCACAGCUGAACGAGGAGUCGUUUGCAAACUCUCGGGACACGACCUUUGAGCAGCAUAUACUGCGGGUAACUGGUGGCAAAGGAGUGGACCUGGUGCUGAACUCGUUGGCUGAAGAGAAGCUACAGGCCAGCGUCCGCUGCUUGGCCCGGCAUGGCCGCUUCCUGGAGAUCGGCAAAUACGACCUUUCCAAUAACAAUCCACUUGGGAUGGCUGUCUUCCUGAAGAACAUCACAUUCCACGGGAUCCUGCUCGAUGCCCUGUUUGAAGAAGGGAAUAGUGAGUGGGAGGAAGUGUCCCAGCUCCUGAAGGAUGGUAUUCACAGCGGGGUGGUGAAACCGCUGAAGAUCACCUGGUUUGAACGCGAUGACGUGGAAUCUGCGUUCAGGUUCAUGGCUCAGGGCAAACACAUCGGGAAAGUAGUUUUGAAGGUUCGUGAAGAGGAAGGCAAGUCUCCCACUGAGUGCUCCGAUCAGCUGUCCAUCGCCGCAGUGCCGCGUACUGCAUGUCCGGCCACGAAGUCGUACAUCAUCACUGGGGGUCUGGGCGGCUUUGGUCUGGAGCUGGCAAACUGGCUGAUUGAGAGGGGUGCACAGAAACUGGUGCUGACCUCCCGCUCUGGCAUACGCAAUGGGUACCAAGCUAAGCGGGUGCGUGAGUGGAAGGAAAUGGGUGUGGAUGUCCUUGUUUCCACCAGCGAUGUUUGCUCCAUGGAGGGGACACAGGAUCUCAUUGCCGAGGCCUCUGCUCUUGCCCCUGUUGGAGGCAUCUUCCAUCUGGCCAUGGUUUUAAAAGAUGGCCUGUUGGAAAACUUGACCCCUGACCUCUUCCAGGCUGUCAAUCGGCCAAAGUACGACGGCACCAUUCACCUGGACAGGGUCAGUCGGGAGAAGUGCUCAGCCCUGGAUUAUUUUGUUGUCUUCUCCUCUGUGAGCUGUGGUUACGGAGUUGCUGGCCAGAGUAACUACGGCUUUGCCAAUUCUGCCAUGGAACGUAUCUGUGAGCAGCGGUGUCGCGACGGGCUAGCAGGUCUAGCCAUACAGUGGGGUGCCAUUGGAGACGUGGGCAUCAUCUUGGAAAUGAUGGGUGACAACGACAUGGUAAUCAGUGGGACAUUGCCGCAGAAGAUCGGCUCGUGUUUAGAAGUUCUGGACCAGUUCCUGAAUCAGUCUCAUCCAGUCAUGAGCAGCUUUGUCCUUGCGCAGAAGACAGUGGUCCUGAAGGCCGAUGGUAGCGGGCAGCGGGACCUCAUUGAGGCUGUCGCUCACAUACUCGGUGCACGUGAUGUUAACGGUUUGAACCCGGACUCAACUCUCGCUGACCUGGGCCUUGACUCCCUGAUGGCUGUGGAAGUACGGCAGACGCUCGAGAGAGACUAUGAAAUCGUCAUGACGAUGAGAGAGAUCCGGCAACUCACCAUCAACAAACUGCGUGAACUGGUGGAUAAAUCGAGCAGCACAGGAGAGACAAAGCCCGCUCCCCUGACACCCAUAGACUCGCAGCUGAAAGAGCUGGACCUCGACGUUCUACUUGUCAAUCCCGAAGGUUCAACCAUCACCCACCUGAAUAACGUGCAGAGCAACGAGCGGCCUCUCUUCUUUGUCCAUCCGAUCGAGGGGUCGGUUGAAGCGUUUAAGAGUCUCGCGUCCAAAGUCAGCAUUCCCUGCUACGGUCUACAGUGCACACAAGCUGCCCCCCUGGACAGUAUUCCCAGCCUGGCUUCCUAUUAUCUUGGCUGCAUUAAGCAGGUUCAGCCUGAGGGGCCGUACAGAAUCGCUGGUUACUCCUUCGGCGCCUGCGUAGCGUUUGAGAUUUGCAACCAGCUCCAAGCAGCGGCCAGCAUGCCGCGGCCUGUAGACUGCCUCAUCCUGCUGGAUGGCUCCCACUCGUACGUGGCAGCCUACACACAGAGUUACAAAGCAAAACUGACCACUGGCAAUGAUGCUGAAGCAGAAACCAAAGCAAUGUGUGCAUUUGUCGGGCAGUUCACCAAUGCAGAGCACAACAAGCUCUUCGAGAAGUUGCUGCCUCUGGAGAACUUGCAAGCAAGAGUCGAUGCGGUGGUCGAUAUGAUCACCACAAACCACAAGGGCAUUAACCGUAAAACACUCAGCUUUGCAGCUACUGCCUUCUACUACAAGCUUAAAGCAGCAGAUGAGUAUGUCCCUGCAUCGAAGUUUGGUGGUAAUAUCACCCUGCUGCGAGCAAAGAUGACCCAUGAGUUGCAGGAGGGUCUGGGUGGAGAUUACCAGCUUUCAGAGGUCUGUGAUGGGAAGGUCCUAAUUCACGUCAUCGAAGGAGACCACUGGACUUUCCUGAAGGGAGCGUCGGUGGAUUCUGUCGUCAGCAUCAUCCACAAUACCCUGACCGAGCCUCGCGUGGCUGCACGGGAAGGCUGAGCGACGGGACAGACCUCCUGUCAGCCCAACAGUGGCUUCCGCUGCCUGCCUGAAUAGACUGUACAGCUGCCGAUUCCUUUCACAAAUUUCUGCAAAAGCUGUAAUUUUGUGUGGCUUAGUUGAAACUCCAAGCAGUAAAUAUAGUGCUUAAUAGAAACACUGGAACGUGGCUGGACCAAAAUGGACAAAGACGAAACUCUGACUGACCUAUUUCUGAGAUGUUCUUUAUCUGUGAGGAAAUGGAAACCAAUGAUGCUUCAGGUUUCAAUUUGUCCAGUGGGAUAGCUCGUUAAACAAUAAUGUAACGUGGAAACUGUCACAAGCAUGACCCAUUCCUCUGUAUUUUUUAUGGAAGUAAUGUUUACAGUUUGGGGGGAAAAUUAUAAAUUGUGUUUUGUCUGUGGAAUAAAAUAAAGAUUGAGGUUUUUUUUCAGUGUGAAGGUUGGCAUUAAAAUACAGUAAGGCUACAAACCAGAAUGAUCUGGAAUAAUUAGUUGUCCAUGAUUUCAAAUGUGAAUGUAAUGAGUGCAGGACUUGGGACUUCUCAUCUGUUCGUCUUGCUUGUCUGGAUUGGAUAAAGCUGCUGUUCGGAACAAGUGGUAACUGAGGCUAUUCAUUCUGAUCAAACGGAAGUUGCCAACGCUGUCCCCUUACAACAGAAACUGGCAUCUGUAGCAAAUCCCAUUUCUCCGACUCAACAGCACUGUAGGCCAAGGGAGGUUUUAAAGGCUGGAAAUUGCAAACCAUGUAAGCCAGCCAAAAAUGUUUCACUGAAACAAGUGCUGCUGCCAUGAAACAAUUAGCCUGUGCAAAGCAGAACGACCACAGCUAUAAGGAAGAAAGCAGAAAACACUUCCUCCUAUUUUCACACACUUACCCUCUCAAACUCCUCAUUUAGCACCCUGCCCCUGCAAGUUAUUUUCUGACUGCUCCACAACUCAUUGGGUGAUUAGCGGAUAUUUAUGAAGCGCUGUCUGUCUAACCCACUGAUUGUGCAGUAAACCCCUCUGCCAAAGUAAGCUUGCACAAAGGUGCCUCUAAUUCUAGACCAGGAUCGGAGCAUUUCACAUGGACAGUGACUGAAUCCCAAUACUACGUACGUUCUAAAUGGAGCUAUUUGGCAUGCAUUGGGUGCAUGUGUUGUCAGGGCCAAUUUUCUCCCCGCAGAACAUAGUUGAGAUAAUUCUUAAAAAGGUCAAACAUAUAGAGCGACUCUAUGGAUCAUGCUUUCUCAGCUAAUGUGACAAUUAGUGUGACAUGGAGGGGACAAAACUUUCUGUGCAUUUAUGGACAUUGGCCAGUCCUGCUGUUCGAACAGUCAUGUGCAAAAGGCAUUGAGUUUGUUUCUUGUAUCUUGUGGCUUACUAUAUUAUUUCUUUGUUUUGUGAAACAGCUAUUCUGGGCCAUGUUCAUGUCUUGUAUUUUAUGUUUUAAUAAAAAUCAAUAUCUGAAAA